CAAAAAAUAUUUGACUACCCCUGCCUUACUCCAUGAGAAGUUCCAUUGAUUUAAAUGGGACUACUUGCAGAGUAAGUAUUGUUCCAUAUCUGAAGUUAUAUCACCUUUAUGAGGCAGCCAGUUCUAUUAAGCAACUAAUUUUGCCAGUCCCAUGAGCAGUCAUCUAAGACAGGUUUCAUUCUAUACUAUUUUCCUUCAAUUACUGGGUAGCUUUAUGUUUGCCAUGAUUACUGGACACAUUACUAAAGUCUCAUUACUGAAGUAAAUGUAUAUAAAGUCAGUCUGAGUUCCCUUUAUCUUUAAAUAAUACUCCUGAGGAUUUGAAUCUCACACUAAUGUGAAAAUUCUAUCCCAUCCUUUGACUUUAUUCAUUCCUCUAACAUUUUAAAACUUCAACUGGUUCACUGUCACCACUGUUUUCCAGAGGAUAGUCCUAGCUCCUACAACCUUUCUUCAUAAUGUAGAUCUUUCAGAGCCAGAGGCAUUUUUUGUAAAAACAGAUCCAUCCUCUGUAGGAGCCAAAUUCUACAGCCCAUACUCCGCAACACCCCAAUGCACCUCUAAAACAUAUAUUCCUUGUUGCAUUGUACAACCAACACAGAAUGUAGUAUUCCAGACAGUCUAGCCAGGGCUCUUUUGGGAAACAGUAUCAGCCAUUUGUUGUCUCUUUUUAAGUAAGGUACUUUUGUUUUCCUCAUCUCAAUUCAGUUAUCCACACUAAUCACCCCAGAUCCUUUUCUUCGACCAUGGGCUAGACAUACAUUUCACUUAGCAUGUUGUUCCCUUGUUCCUAUAUGUUUCUACUCUGACAUCUGCUGGCCCAGUAACCAAGACAAUUCAAAGCCUUUAGAACCCGAGUGCUUUGUUCCCCACUAUGUGCUCUACCUCUAAUGCUGGUAGAAACCCAAGCCUGAAAAACCAUGGGAAUUUGGAACUAGAGGUGGGCCAAAACUGGAACUUCAAAUCCAAACCCUUUAAGAUUAGAGGGAAGGCAUGAAUUUGAAUCUCCAAAUCUGAACCUGCUCAUAUGGUUCUGGUUCCAACUCAGAAUCUUUCUAUUUGCUAAGCCUGGUUCAGAUGCAGCCAGCAUUCCACAAGAACAUCUCACACGAUGGCAGAAAUCUCACAAUCGCAUGAGACGUGGAUCAUUCAAGAUUGUGGAAAUGUCACAGGAUCAUACAGCAUUGCAAGGUUCCCAGCAUCUGGCCCCAUCAAACUCAAACCCUAGAACUGAUUGGCCUUGAACCUGACUCCUCAUCAAAACUUAAUCCAGAUCAGAAUGCUACUUCCUCAGCCCAUCUCCAUUCAGUAGUCAAGUCAGGUUCUCUCCAGGACUGUUUACUCACAUCUCAAUCAACCCUACUUGUUACUUCCCAGAAGGGAUAUAAACCUCACAUGGGUAUCUAAAUUAAUUACAACAGUGACCUAAAACGGGAAAGGGGGGAGAAGCCAUUUGCUUACCUUCACCAGUAUUUUCAGUAUAUUUGUUCCCAGUUAUAGAUGUCAGGAAAAUCUGACUCCCAGAGUGACAGACUCAGAGAAGAGUAUACACACGCAGCUCAAGACCUUCAAUCAACAUCCCUUGCCUUAGUAAUAAAAACCUCCCCACAUUCCUGGCUAGUAGCACAAGGGUUAAAACCAAUCGAGCAACAGAGUGCUGGACAGGCAUCAAGGUGGUUGCUGUAUCACUACAUUAUCAGUUGGGGGAAAAUACAGAGAACAGAAUCGGCUGUCCACAGAAUGUUUCCUUCCCAUGCUUCUGCCACAAUGAAUACAAGGAAAGGUAAGUGGAAGCAACUUCCCACAUUCCUCCAAUUGUAUCUCAUCAGAGCAGGACAGUAUGGAUCUGCACCAGAGUAACAAAUAAAUCCCACAAAUAAGGGCAGGUAAAUAGUUUAGGGUAAGCAGAUGAAUGAGUUCUUGGAAACUUUCUACUUGUUUUGCUCGGCAACUUCUUUUCUUUUACCACCUCUGCUGUUAUAAGAUAAUGUUCAGGCUUUAUGACGUCCUGUGUGCUACUUUUAAGGAGCUUUAGCAAUUGCAUGCACAGUGCAUGUGUCUCUGCUAGAGUAAUAACUUUGCAGCUGGAGGAACAGAUUGGUUCUUUUGCAGAAAAAGUUUCCAAGUAAUGAAUUAAGGCAAGACCUCCUGGAUUUUCUCUGCUUUUUGAAAGAUCAGAUUAAUUCUGAGAGGUUGGGGGCCAGAGUGCAUCUACUGUUGGAAUUUUAGAAGAAGAAAAAUGCUGCUGAAACAUGCAGUGAAAAUCUAAUUGCUGGUCCAAGAGGAUCUUGAAUGUAUGGGGUGGUGGACUAAUACUGUUGGAGACAAGCAUACACAAAAAAAGAUAUUGGCAGGCAUGUAAACAAAGACAAUAGACCAGAGCUAACCCAUCAGCACAUAAUUAUGGGCUUUCUAAAAUGCAAGGUAAGUACAUAAAGGGUGUAUUAUCAACCUAGCAUGUAGAUACAAUAGGUUAUAUAGAGGAGAUCUGUACAUGCCACAGCGAUGGGCACGGAUAGAUAGAAAUGAAUAAAUCCAGAGUUCAUUUCUGAGAGAUAGCAUUGGCAGGGCAAACUACGUGACUGCAACAUGAGUACUUUGGGGAAUUGAUCUGGCCUCUCCCGCAUCAGACCCCAAUAAGCAGGGUGUGCUGGCACUCAACCUAGAAAUCUCUGGGUCAGCACCCCUGGGUACAAGUAUGUGUGUCAUACAUGGGAAGGCAGGAUCAACUGCAGUGGGUGCCAUUAGAACACUGUUCACGGGGCACUUGCAAGUAAAUUGCCACUUAGAGUUAGUUCAUGUAACUGCAAUAGUCAUUGUUAAUUCUUAAUAAGAAACUGCAGUAAUGUUUAUUUCUCACAAGGAGUAAUAGUGCAGAUUUUAACAGAGUCUGCUUUGAACUUGCACAGAAACCCUGAGAACAUGAGGAGGCAAUAUUCUUGCCCAAAUAUCUUGGCCAUUCCUGAUUUAUCCUUCCCCCAGAUAAACUGGAGAUGAGGAAGUAUAAUGUUACAGGAUAUCCCUGCUGCAUGAUGCAUGGAAAGUCAUGCUGAAAAGUAAUUAAUGGAUUUGAUGGGCAUAGGAGCAAUACCUUACCAUCACAAGUUUCAGUUUUAAAGUACAGAACCAGAACCAGGCAGUGGUGUGCAUCACAGAACAGAUGGUCUUGUUUCCCUAACUAAAAUGAAACCACUGCUUUGUUGCAAGAGUACAACAGGUCAUCUGGAACCAACUUCUACUCUUCUUGUUUUCCCAUCGCUUCAAAUCUGUGGAACUAUCUAACCCUAAUUUGCUAUAUUCUCCCCUCCCUUGUGAAUGGGGUUGGAUGAAUUCAUGUGGCCUAAUUUCAAACCCACUUGAACAUCCUGUGUUUGAAAGUUUGAACUGAACACCAGCAGAGCCUACCACUUAGAGACUGUGGGGGUAAAAAAGGGAGUAGAGAAAGAACAUUUCUAAUAAAGACAACAUCUCUCUCAUACACAGGGUCCCCACAGGGUAUGCUUAGCAUUUAGAGGGGUCUUUUAACCCUGAUACAGAGCACAGAGCUCUCCAUAAUGAUUUAUUGAAUAACCCAUGUGGGGUGGGGGGAAGCAUUUAAAUUACAGGGGAUAAAAAGGUUUUCAAAUUUCAUUCACAUUGUUCACUAAAAUUGCCAGCUCCAGCAUUUUCACCCAUCUCUGCUCAUAAUGAACCUAUCUAGGCCAGUCCCCAUCCCUUGCCCGCUUCUCAAAGCAAGUUUAAAAGCUGAAGUAAGCUCCUCUGAAAAGAGCGUUUUCUAAAAGAAAUGAGAUAGCCUCAAUGCCCAGGACUGUGAUGCUACAGCACAACAUGGUAUGUGCACACGUGAAUUGUACUGAACAAUUUAUCUUUAUUAUGCACUGCUUCCUGCGCAAGCCUAUAUUUUUUCCUCCAUUACACUUAAGUGUGAAGCAUGAACUAGGUGCACAAGCAAUCAGAUCAGGAAGCGUAGGGUAGGAAAGGAGCUUCAGAAAUGGAGUUUGCUACUCAGCAGUGGGGGGCUAAAGGGAGGGAGGAGUUGAUGAUGAAGAUCAAGUUCAGACCUUGCUCAAAAUGGUUGCAACUGUGUUGACCUCAGUGGCUGUAUCUCCACUGACACCAGGUCUGAAUUGGGCACUUUGUCUUGUAUAAGCUUUGCUCACUUUCCAGGAUAUACCCAUGACCUUCCAUGCUGAUAAAGCCAUCACUAUUUCCCCCUGUAAGCGCAAUGGCUGCAGCUAAGGGAGCAGUUCUUUCUCUUUGCUGAAUUACGUGUCCUUAAACAGAAAAAGGCGGCUGGCUGGGAAAACGGAUUAGGGUGCUUGUCAGCCAGUGUCAGUGUUCUGGACUUGGAUCUACAGCAGGUUGAGUUACUCGUAAAAGAUUUCCUAGUGCCAGCCAGUUGACAGACAACUGACAGCCUCUGUUAAAGAGACCAGCCCUGGGGGCACAGCUCCCACUGACAUUGAAGAAGGGUUUGUGACCACCUGCACCAGUCCUGAAUGUGGUCAGUAAAAGAGGGGGGCGGCAGGUCCAGAUUGAGCUGUGCUGGCAGAGCUGCUUGGGGGCCCAAGAAUAGUACAGCAAGGAUGACGGUGAGGACUGAGAUGCUUUGGCAGACAUGCCUGGAAUGGAAUCCCCAUAGGCAACGCUUUCCACUCCACAGUGGAGGAGGAGAGAUGAACCACUAAGUGCACAGGUCUGUUAUUGGCUAGUCAAAGGAGAUGCAUUGAUCAAGCUUUACAAACCAUGUCCUGUCCUCUUAGAGGAUGUGAGCCUGCAUGAGGGCAGAGCUAGGACAGCUUUAAUUAAAGUUAUCAUUACUGGUCCUCCAGGAAUUGUCUCUAGGGUGUAAAAGAAAUGGCAGACUCUUGUUUUAAAAGCUCAGUGGAGUAGGGAGAGGAAACCAGCCUCUGGUCACAGACUGAUUCUCUGAGUCAGCAAUUUGUCCAUGUCUGUGGGGGAAGCAAUUACCUGACAUACCAAAAGGGAAUAUUACCCAGACAUUGCAAUCCCACUCUUGUCAAGGUGAAGAGUCAAUUCAGCCAAAUGAUAACAGAUUGUAAAUAGAUACAGACAGAAGGACGUGAACAACCUAAGUUAGCCCAGACACACAACAUGCUCCUAAAGGUGCACUUCUCGGCUUACGUGCUAAGAAUGUCACUCCCACAUUUCAAAAUGAUGGCCCCAAUUCACUGUUGCCUUGCCCCUUGUGCAGUCAUUUACACCAGUACAAAGAGGGUCAAGAACGUCUGCGCUGGUGUAAAUGAGUACACAAGUCCAGGGCAAUGGUGAGUCCGGCCUAUAUAACUGAACAGAGAGAAAAUCCAAGUCACUCUACAGACCCUUGACCUAACUCUGCUCUUAGUGAGAUAAAUGGCAAAACAUUCACCAACUUCAGCAGGAUUAGUUCCCGCAACCAUCAGCAGGCAUUGAAGAAAGACAAUAAUACAAUGUUCUUCCAUGUUAUGGUUGCUCAGUCUCCAAUAUUGUGCCUUACAUGGUACUGGUAUUUGGGGCACAUUGAGUAUACCUAGCCAUGUCAUCUUUCCAUCGUUUCCUCUUGCUGUGUGUUGUCAGCUAAUGAUUUCCAUUUGUUUUGUCUUAAUCUCCCCCUCCACUCCCCCAGGAGACACUGCCCUCUUGUUACUCUUGGUCUUGGUGCUGGCAGCAGGGUCCCAAUCUCCCAGCGGAGAAGCGCCCAAGGAGCAGCCUGACACAGAGCUCCUAAAAUGCCCCAGCUCAUGUGCCUGCAGCUAUGAUGACUACAGCGAGGAGCUCAACAUCUUCUGCAGCUCCCGGAACCUCACGCACCUCCCAGAGGACAUUCCUAGCAACGUUAAGUCAUUAUGGCUGGAUGGGAACAACUUCCUUUCUCUGCCAGCUAUGGCCUUCAGGAACCUUUCCAACCUGGACUUCCUUAACCUGCAGAGCAGUCAGCUGGCAAGCAUUGAGCAGCAUGCCUUCCAUGGCUUAAAGGGCCUCUACCACCUGCACCUGGAACGGAACAGGCUGAAGCAUUUGGCACCAAACACUUUCCUUCACACACAGAACCUCGCCUCCUUGAGCCUCAACAACAAUCACUUCAACAAGAUCGAGGAAAGCCUGUUUUCUGGGCUCUCCAAUCUCUGGUACCUGAACCUCGGGUGGAACUCACUCGUGGUGCUGCCUGACAGAGUGUUCCAUAACCUGCCUAACCUGAGGGAACUGGUCCUGGCUGGGAACAAGCUGCCCUACCUGCAGCACCAAAUCUUCUGCAGUCUCAGUGAGCUGAAGGAGCUGGAUUUGAGUGGGAACUUGCUCAAGGGCAUCAAGCUCAAUAUCUUUGUCAAGCUGCAGAAACUACAGAAGCUCUACCUGAACCACAACCAGAUCAAUGCAAUUGCCCCACGUGCAUUCAUGGGAAUGAAGUCCCUCAGGUGGCUAGACCUCUCCCACAAUCGUCUCAUCUUGCUCUUUGAAGAAACAUUCCUGGGCCUUUUGAGCCUGCACGUGUUGCGUUUAUCCAGUAAUUCGAUCACCAGCCUGAGGCCAAGGACUUUCAAAGAUCUCCAGUUCCUGGAGGAGCUGCAACUGGGACACAACAGGAUCAGGAGCCUGGCAGAAAGGACUUUUGAUGGGCUAGGCCAGCUGGAGGUCCUUACGCUGAACAACAACCAGAUUCAAGAGAUCAGGGUCGGAGCAUUCCUUGGACUCUUUAAUGUCGCAGUGAUGAACUUGUCUGGUAACUGCCUCAAGGCACUUCCCGACUAUGUCUUUAAGAGCCUAACCAAACUGCAUAGUCUUCACCUGGAAAACAGCUGUCUCAGCAGAAUCAGGCCACAAACUUUCUCCAGCCUUUCCUGCCUCCGGAGGCUCUUCUUGCAGCACAACACCAUAUCCAUGAUUGAAGACCAGAGUUUGAAUGACCUGCAUGAUCUUCUGGAGCUGGACCUUAAGCACAACAGGCUGACCCAUCUCUCGCCCAACAUGUUUGUAGGCCUGAAUAACCUGGAAUACCUUCUCCUUUCCUCCAACCAGCUCCUGGAGAUCUCUCACAAUGCUUUCAGCCCACUUCAGCGUCUCUUCUGGCUUGAUCUCUCCAACAACCAUUUGGAAAUGCUGGACAGCACCACAAUUACCCCCUUAGCAAACCUGCGGUAUCUUAGCAUCAGAAACAAUUCUCUGGAAACCUUCUCAGUUGGUUCUCUGGGCCCUUCACCUGUGCUGGAGCAGCUGUGGCUGGAAGGAAACAAGUGGCACUGUAAUUGCUCACUGAAGGAACUGAGAGACUUUUCCUUGCAGCAUCCCACAGUGGUUCCACGUUUUGUACAGUCCCUUACGGAGGUGGACGAUUCCCACACACCCGUGUACGUAUACAACAACCUGACCUGCCUAAGCCCACCAGACCUGGCAGGCCUUGACCUGAGGGAAAUCAGUGAAGAUCACUUUGCUUACUGCUAACUAACACGCUUCCUCUUUACAGAGGACUUUCUGCUUUCUAUAGUUGGCAGCAUUAGAUACAUAUUUGCACAAGUUCAGGUAGAAUCUGGAGAACUACUUUCCUACAGGCUAAUAAGUAAAAAGGUAUAGCUAUCUGGCAUCUGAACUACCUUCCCUGAACUCUUUACCAAGCUCAUCAGGGUAGCAGUCCAAAAUAGUGUGUUCCACCAUUCAACAUUACUCAAAGAGGCCAGUGCGAUUGCACACCACUAUUUAGCUUUCUCUCUCCAUGCUGUACCAUUACUAUAUUUGUAUAGCUGCAGUUUUCAACAGAACCAGCAUACCAGCUUUGGCUGAACAGCCAGGGUAAACAGGUUCUUUGGACUUUGCAAUUACCUUUGGGCUAUUUGAACUUAGCAUUGUGAUUCAGAGCCAGCAUUCCUUUGCCCAGCUCUGAAAAGUGAAGGAAAGAAUGGGUGUGUGAGAAGGUAUGAGUGGACAAGAGCCUUCUCCGAGGACUGUCUUUUCCAUUUCCAAAAUUAAAACUGACUUUAAAGAACCCAAACAAACGAUCAUAGUACAAUAAGAGUCGGACUGAAAAGCCAACCUGAAAGGGUAUUGCCCACUAAGGACCAGCAUUUGGGUCUCACUCCUGAGCUGGGAGCAAAGGAUAGGCAACCUGUCUAGCCACCAAGGAGUGAGGAACAUCUCAUAUCAGUUUUUUUAGCAACCACUCUUGGUUAGCAGAGGUGCUGCUGUCAAUGGAUCAUGGAGACAACCCUCCUUAAUGGAAAGAAUAUCACUGCAAAAUGAGGACCUUAGGCUGGGGAGAGCAAAUGGAGAAACCAAGAUCCUCUUGAGCUAGGGGAGGAAAGUCUGGGCCACAGUGCCCAUUAGUGGGAAUGCUGAUAAAGUUAAGUAUCAUUGCCCCAGAAUCACCCCAGUUGUGACUAGGUAAUGCAAGCAGGAACUUCAUCCUUUCUGUACUGCAGUAGCUUGGAUCAGUGGUUGUCAAUCUUUUCCAUUCUGCGUGA